AUCUUUUCCUCUUCUCCACCGCAAACUGAAACCCUAUCUUCCUCAAUGCUGCCGAAUCUCCUUCCUCACCAAAGCCAUGGCCGUCGUCGAUCUUCAUCAUCUUCUCUCCUUCAUUGCUGCCGAACCCCUUCCUCACCAAAGCCAUGACCCUCCCUUCCUCAUUGCUGCCGAAUCUCUUUCCUCACCAAAGCCAUGGCCAUCGAGCAUUCCGGAUCUAACAAAUCAUGAAGCGUCAAUCUUCAUCAUCUUCUCUCCUUCAUUACUGCCGAAUCACUUCCUCACCAAAGCCAUUACCCUAUCUUUCUCAUUGUUGCCGAAUCUCCUUCCUCACCAAAGCCAUGGCCGUCGAGCAUUCCGAAUCUAACAAAUCAUGGCGUUGAUCUUCAUCAUCUUCUUUCCUUCAUUGUUGCCGAACCCCUCUCAUGGCUGUCGGACCACUUGCAAGCCAGAUCUAACAAACCACCGCAACCCUCUUUUUUUUUUUUUUUUCCCUUGAUCAUUGCUUUGUUGUUUUUCCCUUUUUCUGUUCUUUCUUUGUGUUGAUGGUGAUUUCUGGUUGCAGGCAUUGAUCAAAAAGACCAAUCUUAACCCAAGAAAGAUUUGGGUAUGCUUCAGCUACUCAACUUUGGAGCCAUGAGAUGGAGCAAAGCUUAGAGUUUGUUUGAAAAUGAUGAACGGUUCAAAGCAGUUGAAUGACCCAGAGACCGAGAGGAUCUUUAUGAGAGCUACAUUGUGGAACUUGAGAGGAAGGAAAAGGAAAAGGCUGCUGAGGAGCGUAGGCAGUUUGUGGCAGAAUAUAGGAAAUUUUUGGAAUCCUAUGAUUUUAUUAAGGUGAACAGCCAAUGGUGAAAGGUUCAAGAUCGAUUAGAGGAUGAUGAAAGAUGCUCACGUCUUAAAAAGAUUGAUUGCUUGCUUUUCUUCUAAGAUUACAUUGAUGACUUGGAGAAGGAAGAAGAGGAAAAGAAGAAGAUACGAAGGAACAAUUGAGACAUGCUGAGCAGAAAAACCGUGAUGCAUUUUGCCAGCUAAUGGAAGAACAUGUUGUUGAUGGCACUCUAACUGCUAAAACUUAUUGGCUUUAUUAUUGUUUGAAGGCCAGAUCUAACAAACCACCGCAGCCCUCUUUUUUUUUUCUUUUUUUUUUUUCCCUUGAUCAUUGCUUUGCUGUUUUUCCCUUUUUCUGUUCUUUCUUUGUGUUGAUGGUGAUUUCUGGUUGUAGGCAUUGAUCAAAAAGACCAAUCUUAACCCAAGAAAGAUUUGGGUAUGCUCCAGCUACUCAACUUUGGAGAGGUAGACUCCAAUAAAAAUUUUCAAAGACGUUAUUUAAUGCUCAAAAAGGACUUCUCCCACAUUGUUCUUGUUCGCUACCUGGAAUUAACGGACUGUGCCAAUAUAUCUGGUUAACCCCAAAAGAUUUGUUUGAGGAUGUUGCUGAAGGAUUAGAAAAACAGGUAUUUCACAUAUAAUCUCCAGAAAUAUGCUUAAAAUGGUCUCUUUUACAUGUUGCUUCGUCUUUUAUUGUUAGGAUCAAGUUCUGAAAUAUUAUGUAUUGCUAGGAUCAAGUUCUUCCUGCAUAUAAUGUUAUACCAGUUUCUGUUUUUUUGUAUCACAAAAGGAGUGCAAAUUCUAAUGAUUAAGAUGUUUUAUUUUAUUAAAACGAUAAAUGUGGU